AUGCAUCCUGUGGCUCUCACAUGCGAUAUUGUCAAAAUGUACCUCCAAACAAUGGUACACCCACCUCAUCGGGACUUUCAAAGAUUUAUUUGGAGGAAAUCAUCGGAGGAUAAAUUGAUGGACAUGAGAUUUCGCACAGCGUGUUUUGGAGUGGCAUCCUCUCCCUAUCUUGCGACUCGCGCCUUGAACCAAUUGGCAAAUGAUGAGGGGGAAAAAUAUAAAUCAGCAGCUCAGGUUAUCAAAAACAACUCCUAUGUAGAUGAUUGUUUGGUUUCUGCCCCCACUGAAAGGGAUAUUUUCCAAAUUUGUGAAGAGCUUGUUGGAAUUUUGAAACUUGCUGGAAUGGAACUGUCUAAGUUCAAUUCAAAUGCCAGAUUUCUGUUGUCCGACACCUCAGACCCUGAUGUUCCAAUUGAUGAUCACACCACCAAGACAUUAGGAAUGAUUUGGAGCCCUAGAGCAGACACCUUCCGAUUUAGAGUUAACUUGGAUUCGGAGAAUGAUACCGUUACAAAAAGGAGAAUACUUUCUGUCAUAGCACGAAUCUUUGAUCCCUUGGGUCUAUUAGGACCUCUGAAUACUAGUGCCAAGUUGAUCAUGCAACAAACCUGGAGAAUUGCUUUGGAUUGGGAUGCAGAAAUCUCUGAUGAAUAUCUAGAUGAAUCCAGCUAUCCUUUACGUAAUAGAUGGCUUCUGUAUGUCAAGGAUUUGAAAACCAUAGAGAGUAUGCGGAUUCCAAGAUGGAUUUCUAAUAUUCAAUUCCCCAUUCAUUUGGAGCUUCACGGAUUUAGUGAUGCCAGUGGAGUGGCAUACGGAGCUGCUGUAUAUGUGGUGUCUGAGGAUUCGUCGGGAAAUCGAUCGGCAAGUCUCAUGACCUCAAAAUCUAAGCUUUGUCCCUUCAAGAACGGUGUCCGAACAUUGACCAUUCCAAAAGCAGAGUUGUGUGCAGCCGUCCUUGUUGUGAAGUUGGUGAGCAGUGUUUCUGCAUCCUUAGAUGUCCAUGAGGUUCGCUUUUGGGUUGAUGCUACGAUUGUGCUCCACCAAGUUUAUGCUCCUCUUGCUAAGAGAGAGCUGUUUGUGAAAAACAGGAUUACAGAAAUUCUUAAAUUGAGUGUCCCUGAACAGUGGAGACAUGUACCUGGAAAGGACAACCCAGCUGACCUCAUCUCCCGUGGAACUACCUCUUCCCAACUUAUUGAUUGCUCACUGUGGUGGAAUGGUCCAAGAUGGUUAGAGAAGUCUCAAGAAUUUUGGCCUCAGCCAUUUGAUCCAUCAUGUGCGAUAGUGAAAAGUGGAUUAAUAUCUUCCCACAAGGACCCUAACAAGGAGAAGGGUGGAUAUCUGGAUAUUUGUGAACAAUUAUCCAUGCAUUUUAGCAAAUUUUCGGAGAUGAAAACAAUUUUAGCAAGGUGCAUGGCCAUCUUCAAGUUUUGGGUGAACUUGCCGAAGCGAAACACGCGUCAGAGGGAACGACCAUCUCUUUGCCCUUCAGUCGAACUAAUUCGGAAGGCUGAGAUCAUGUUGAUUCAGUGGUAUCAGAUGUUGCACUUAGAGAGUUGUUUUGCUGCCAUUCAAAAUAAUUCAAUGGACUCAGUAACUCAUCUGAAGUCGCUACGAAAGCUACGACCAUUCAUUGACAGUGAUGGGCUAUUGAGGGUUGGAGGUAGACUCCAACUGUUGGACGAUGGUACGGAUGUCAAGCACCCAAUAUUUUUACCUAAGGGUACCCUGGCAAAUGCAAUCAUCAUUGAGGAGCAUGAACGUAUGCUUCAUGCGGGCCCGAUGUUACUACUCUCUACGAUUCGACAACGAUAUUGGCCACUCAAUGGGAGAAAUGCUACGAGGCAAGUCGUGAGAAAUUGUGUAAGGUGCACCAGAGCAAAUCCUCAAAUAGAAACUCAGCUCAUGGGAAAUCUUCCACAGCAUCGUAUCUCCCAUAUUCGUGCAUUCAAGACUGUCGGGGUCGACUUUGCUGGACCAUUGUUGAUUCGCAGAGGGGUGAGACGGGACUCAACUGAUAAAGCAUACGUAGCUGUUUUCGUGUGCAUGUCUGUGAAGGCAGUACAUCUAGAACUUGUCUCAUCUCUCAGUACUGACGCAUUUCUGGCAUGUUUGCGGAGAUUCAUUGCUCGCAGAGGUAUUCCAUCACAUAUAUAUCCGGACAACGGAAGAAACUUUCUCGGAGCGAGUAGCGAGAUUAGGAGAUUGUUUGGGUCUGAUGAGUUUAAGGAGAGGGUUUUUAACAAUUGCACACAGCUCAACAUUGAGUGGAAAUUUCAGCCUCCCAAAGCUCCACACCAUGGUGGACUCUGGGAGGCAGCAGUAAAGUCAUUCAAGUUCCAUCUCAAAAGGAUUGUCGGUGGAGUCAUUCUCAACUUCGAAGAACUGACCACAAUUUUGGCACAGAUUGAAGCUGUUUUGAACAGUAGACCACUAACUCCAAUUUCAGAGAAUGUUGAAGAUUUGAGUGUUUUGACUCCUGGCAUGUUUCUUAUUGGAGAGCCUCCUUGCCAGCUUCCGGAACCUGAUUUAACUCAGGAGAACAUAGGAUCCUUGAAAAGAUGGAGAGUUCUACAAAAACUGACUCAGGAUUUGUCUCGUCGUUGGAAGGUUGAAUACCUACACACACUCCAA